CAAAUUAAAACAUUUUCUGAUAUUAAUCGAAAAGAUUUGUGGCAAAAAGUUAGUCUUUUUAAGCCAAUAAAGUGAAAGUUUUUCAAGAUUCUUGGUGGGUUGUGUUGUUCUGUUGGUUGAAUUUUGGUAUAUUGGUGUCAGCACUGGCAAUAUGUUUGAGAAAUCUGCAAAUUUUGGUUGGGUUAUAAGAUCAAAUAGCCCCAAGAUUCGAUGGUGGUUUAAGAUAUUGACGAUGAUUUUUUUUUUUGGAAUCUUGAUUGUGUGGGAGAUUGAUAGUGUCAAUGUGGGUAGUUCAGGUAAGUUUAGUCCAGAUUUCAAAUUUACCAAUGUUAUCAAGUAUUACAAUUUUUGGUUAAAUACUUACCUGAAUCAAGUUCAUGCCCCUGAUUUCAGUCUUGAGAUGGUGACAAAUUUGUCGAAUAAGGAACAAACUUCAAGUACAAGAGUUUGUAGGUGGAUUUCAGCUGAAUUAGAAGCAAACUAUUCGUCGAGUCUUCUUACCAAGUUGUUGGCACCUGGUGGUGAGCUGUGUAGAGGAUCAAGAACUGUGGAUGUAAUAAUCCCUGCUUUGGAUGGUCGCGAGAACGUUGAGUUAUCAACUGGGGAUAUUCAUGAAUUUGUAUUCCAUGCAUUGUAUGAUUCUGGGAAACCUCGUUGUUCGGGUGGUGAUUAUCUUGAAACUGAUAUUGCUGGUGAAACAUGGAAGUCUAGACCUCCUAUUAAAGAUUUUGGCAAUGGUACUUAUCUGUUUUCCCUACAAGUCCACCCUGAUUUUUCAGGGGAUUACAAUCUUACAAUCAUCCUACUAUUUCGACAUUAUGAAGGGUUGAGGUUUUGGCCUGAAAGAUUUGCAUUUGACAAGGUUUUACGCGUGAUCCCAAUCAAAUUCUCCAAGUCUGUUGUUGAAUUACCUGAAAUAUCUCAAUGUAAGAAGUUAGAUCUUGUUAGAGAUGUGUGGUCUGGUCGAUGGACUCGUCAUGUCAAGAAUGAUAGCUGCCUAAUUAGCAAUGAUGGACGUUAUAGAUGUCAAAAACCAAAUUUUCCUUGCCAAAAACCAUGGUGUGAUGGUCCAUUGGGGUCCUUAGAGAGCAAUGGUUGGGUGUAUUCGACACAUUGUUCAUUCAAAAUGUUCUCAAGUGAAGAAGCAUGGAAUUGUUUGAAUGAUCGUUGGAUUUUCUGGUGGGGUGAUUCGAAUCAUUGUGAUACGGUGAGAAACAUUGUUAAUUUCAUUUUAGAUGUGAAUGAUGUAAAGGAGGUUCAAAGAAGAAGUGAUUUGAACAUCAGCAACCCGAAGAAUCCAUCACAAAUAGUUCGAUUUACUAGUAUUUAUAACGGGCAUCCUAAUGCAACACAGAAUAAUCAAGGGUUGAAUUCGUUAACAGAUGCAAACUACAGAGAACUUUUGACAGGGUACUUCUCGGGGCAUGUUGUUCCAGACACUAUGAUCAUGAAUUCGGGCUUACAUGAUGGACUGCAUUGGUCUAAUAUUAAGCAAUUCAUUGAAGCUGUUGACUAUGCUGCAUCGUUCUGGGCUGAGGUACUUGAUGGGGUACGACAGAGAGGGUUGAGACCCCCCGGAGUCAUAUACAGGACCACAAUAGCCACAGGUGGAUUUGCUAGAACAUUAGGAUUCAAUCCAAGUAAAAUGGAGGCCUACAAUGGGGUAGUGUUGGAUAAGUUUAAGGCGUAUGGUUUGGUUGAUCAUGUUAUUGAUGAUUUCGACAUGACUUAUCCGUGGCACUAUGACAACAGAUGCAAUGACGGGAUGCAUUAUGGUCGUUUUCCUGUCAAGCGGAAGUGGAUGGAUGGUCAGAUUGGGCACCAAUACUUUGUGGACGUUAUGCUUGGUCACGUGCUGCUCAACGCGUUAUGUGCAAGAUAGAAGGUGGAAUAUGGUGAUGCUAAGUGCUCACAUUGGCUUUAGUUUGUUCUGAGAUGCAUCCAAUUUCAAACAAUUAUUGAUACAGCAAAUUUGGUGAUAUUUUUGCAUUUUAUGAUGUUAUGUUUUAUGAAUUUUCUUCCAAGUUGUAGGUCAUAUAUUAGAUCUAGUAUAGGCCAAUAUACAUAUGUGCCUAUUGAAGUAAAGGACUUAACAUGUGUUAUUUUAAUAAAUACGAAUUGAUUGAUUGUACA